GUCAGCUUUCUCAACACGAAGAGCAUGGUCAGUCUGCUAGCAAUGGCUUUCGUUGUUUUCGUUCUUAGUCGCCGUGUUUAUUUGACGCGCAGUAGGCGUUCCUGACGAUAUCUCGGCAUGAAAAAGCUGCAAUGUUACUCGUAAGAUCUAUAUGCACGGUUCUCAGGCAAAUCAAGCGCGAAAAGACGAUUGUCAACAGCUCUGUCAUCGAUCCGGCAAAGUGGAUGCUGUGCCUACGAUUCGCGCACGUCAACAGAGGCACGAACUCUGAGAACACGUCUAGUAAUAGUAAGAGAAAGGCUCACUUUGACUCGGCGCUCUCGCACGAGUCUUGCGACGCGACCCUCGACUCCCAGGUGUUGCAACUGCUCAGCGCGUUGAGACUCGCGGACGCCUUGGCGCUGACCGUGAAGUCGUUCGCCGCCGACCACCGCAGGUAUCCGAGCUCCAAGACAGCGACCGCCCUCAUUUCGGCGCUGGCCCGAGCUGGAGACGUGGAAGGACUGCGAAAAAUGCGCGAUGUCGUGGACAUCCUCUACCCGAACGUGUCCGCCGACGCACUCCGAUUCGAACACUACGACGCCGAAGCGCUCUCGCGCUCGGGUCGCGCGGCGGAGGCGAUACUAAAGUUCGAGACACUCUUCUUGUCGCACAAGGGUCACCGCACCAAGAUCUGCUCCCUGCUCACGUUUCUCGCCGCGUACCUCGUGAACAACGACAUGGUCGAGGAUGUGGCACUUUUGGCUCGCAUGUGCGAGAGGCUAGCCGAUCGCGGCUACUUCCAUCCGCUGACCAACGUGUGGAAGGUAUUCUUCCUGAGCGAGAGGCGACGCUACCACGCCACAGCCUCCGAACUGGUCGAGGCGGCUCGCCUGCGUCCCCGGGCCAAGCCUUUCUUCCAGAAGAAAGUCAACUCCGUCAUCUCGCACGCAGUGGACAGAUGCGACGUGGACAUGGUGCAGAGGUUGCUCAACGUCGUCCUCUACUUGGGCAUGCCGGAGUGCUGCGGGCUCGUGCUCAGCUUCCUGCUAGAGUUCUACUGUGAUGCAGACAACCUCAAGAGCGCGCAGAAGACUUUCGAACACUCGGAAGCCUAUGGCAUCGAACUGAACCCGGUGACCUUUUACCGCUACACGUGUUUCCUGAGUUCUCGGGGGAUCCAAAUACCACACGACAUGCUGCUCAAGAAGUACAAAAUGGACCCCAAGAAUGCUAAAGAUACUGCAAGGCAGAACAAUGUCAAGUUUAAGUUUUAGCAACCUUGGUGACUUAGUUUAUAUGCAAAAGUACACUGUUUGUUCCAAGACUAAAACAAUCUGCUGCAAGUCUGCCACGGUGGUAUAGUGGUUAUGGUGCUUAUCCGCUGACCCAAAGGGCACGAGUUUGAUCCCUGCCGCGGUGGUCGUAUUUCGAUGGUGGCAAGAUUCUAGAGGCCCGCGUUCUGUGCAAUUUCAGGGCACAUAAAAGAACACCAGAUGGUCGAAAUUUUUGGAGCCCUCCACUACGGCAUGCUAAUUCAUAUUGUGGUUUUGGCAUGCAAAACCGCAUCAUUAUAACAUGCUGCUGCUAGACCAUUAAACAUGAUUUUGACGAAA